AUACUUUGUAUUUCCAAUUAAGAAAGAAGAGAGAAAUUGCUACCAGACAACAACAGGUAUUUUGUUGAAAAACAUACAGAAUUAACAGCCUGGCACAAUUGUGUCCCCUUGCAUAUGAAAGGAUAUUGUAAUGAGACAUACUGAGUAUUCCUAGGAAAACUAUUGUGAUGACAGUCUCAUUCUCCUAAAGGACUCCCACACUUUUUAUCAAAUACAAAAUAAGCAGUAUUUAGAAUACUGAUCUUUAUUCCCAUUUUACCAGAAAGAUAACAAAGAACAUGAACAAUUUAUCUACUCGUCAGAAAAGAAGUGUUUUAUAACCUCAAAACAAACGUUUACUCACCAAGAGCUGUAAAUUGCUUAAAUUGGAGAUUUCAGUGGAUUUUUAGCAGUAAUUCUGAAAUUCUUCAGUUACAUAAUGUUCAAGGCAUGUAAAAGUGUUGCUUUUUCUACACAGCACAACUGAAAUGUCAUUUAAUCAAGGAGACCAAUACCUUGUAGACAACCAAGGCAGUCAAAUAUCAAAGCUUCAAACCAUUCAGGGAAGCAUAAAUUACCUAUUUUCUACACUUUCAAGGUAUCAGUCUUUCAUUUUCAUUUUCAAAGAAUGACUGCUGUAAAAUGGCCAUAUUCAUUAGCCUGCCAUCUAAAAAGCAUUAAUCUGUAGAACAAAUGAGCACGUUUUCUUGUGUUCUUGAAGUAUAAUAGAGUCCCUUCAUUUAAAUAUAUUUUUUAAUUUAUUCACAGAAUAUUAUUUUACAAGACUGCUUGCACUUACAGAUAUCAUGGAGUAGGAAUUAUCCAACACUGUAAUAGAUCAAGUGAUGCCCACUCACAGACAUAAAAAUGCAAGUUGGGGGAUUUUAGUACUUUGAUUUUAGAGUUGCUAGAAGAGGCACAGAAGGUUCGUUUCUUGAGUGUUGAGGGGAAAGGAGAAACGACCUCCUCUCACCCUGUUAAAAAGAAAUGUUUUAAUCUCUAAUAAAUUUAUUUCUUUGAACUAUGGAGUCUCAGAAGAGGAAGUCGUCCUAAAGAACAGAAUCUUCUAGGUUUUAGCUCUUUCUUUUUCCGGAUGGUCUGUUCUAUUCUCGGAGAGCUUUAAAUACUAGAAGAAUCUUUUUGCCCUGAGCCAGAAUCUGUCUCCCCUAACUUCACAAAGCUGGCCCCACUUUUGAGCUCUGGAGAUCUGCAGAUCUGCCCAGAUCCUUCCAGGCCUUCUUCAGCCAGACAGGCCCGCGCCAGGGCAGGGCCGCAGCACCUUCGCUCGUCCUCCCCGUCUGCCGCGCAGCACGCAGUUCCGAGCUCGCUCUUCCCCGGGCCUCGGGAGGCGCCACUUUCGUCGGGCGCGAAUCAACGCGGCUGGCCAGCCCUCAGGUGGUGCGGGUCUCUCCUGACAACCGGAGGGAUGCCGGAGUUACUGGUGAGUGCAUUUCAUCAGAGGGCAAAUGUGCUCCAGUCCCAGAAGCACAGGGUGCAGCCCCGGCUUGUUCCUGAGAACCCGGGCAACGACCUCGUGGCCCCGGCUCGUCGGUGCGCGCCCGCGGACGCAGAGGAGGAAACGCCCGAGGGAACUCACUCAAGCCAAGUCCGGUGCUAAGACGGCCGGCACCCAGGGCCGUCCACGCCGAGACCCCGCGCCGGCCCCUCCUCGGCCGCGCAGCCCCCGCGGGAGGGAGGCGGGCGGAUGACGAGGGUGUGGGGGCGUGAGUCUGAGGGCGGCGGGCUCCGGCGUCUCAAGCGCGGGCGCCGGCUCGGCAGGCUCCGUCGCUGACCGGCCGGGCGCUGCAAGCGGAACGUCGAGGUCGCCGCCGCGGGGGGAUGGCGCGUGCGGGGGUCUGGAUGCUGGUGGUCGGCGUCCUGCUGGCGUUGGGGCCUGGCCGGGCCGCAGGUGGCCUGAGGGCGAACAGACGCCCGGCGCGGCCACGGGGCUGCGCCGACCGGCCCGAGGAGCUCCUGGAGCAGCUGUACGGGCGGCUGGCGGCGGGCGUGCUCGGCGCCUUCCACCACACGCUGCAGCUGGGGCCGCGCGAGCAAGCGCGUAACGCGAGCUGCCCGGCAGGGGGCAGGCCGGGCGACCGGCGCUUCCGGCCGCCCACCAACCUGCGCAGCGUGUCGCCGUGGGCCUACAGAAUUUCCUACGACCCUGCCAGGUACCCGAAGUACCUGCCCGAGGCCUACUGCUUGUGCAGGGGCUGCCUGACCGGGCUGUUCGGCGAGGAGGACCUGCGUUUCCGGAGCGCCCCGGUGUACGUGCCCACCGUCAUCCUGCGGCGGACCUCGGCGUGCGCGGGCGGCCGCUCGGUGUACGCCGAGGAGUACGUCACGGUGCCGGUGGGCUGCACGUGCGUCCCCGAGCAGGAGAAGGAAGCGGACAGCAUCAACUCCAGCAUGGACAAGCAGGGCGCCAAGCUCCUGCUCAGCCCCAGCGACAAGCCAGGCCGGCCCUGAGGCGCUGCUGCCCCUCUCCUGGAGCGCGGGCUGCUUCAGCCGCCUCCCCCGAGCGCACUCGAGGACGGAGAGCAGUAAAGGAAACACAGCCCAACUGCAGAGGUCUUCCGACCGACUGCUUGACGGCUUGCUCUCACACAGCAUCACCUGGUUUUCUUCUAGGCAAAGGCAUGGGGCUGGUGAAGGCUGCCGGCAAGUUACCGGGUACACGGCCGCAGGUAGGGAGCGUAGCACCAGGGCCUUCCGCAUGUAGCCGGAGCCUGGUGUGUGGCGAAGUGGCUUCGGGGCCCUCCCUCCUUAGUCCUCUCUCCGUGUUCCUCUCUCCGUGGCCCUCCCUCCGUGGUCCUCAGGGCUCAGACCCUUCCCCCGCCCCCCCCCGCCCCCCGCUACAGUGCCAUGCUUUUGGGACGCUCUCAGAGGUGCCAGCCUCUACAGAUAGAUGGGUAGAUGGGUGCUUCUAAAAGAAAUCUUUUUUUUUUUUUUAAGUAGCAUAUAUACCUACUUUUUUUGUUGUUCAAUGUUUUCAAUGAC